UUACCGAGGCUGUGCAAGAAAGUUGGAGUAAAGUUGUGUGUGAGUUUCAUCCAGAGUAUUUUCACAUACUUUUCCUUUCUUCUUAACUCACUUUUUUUACUCUUCCAACUUUUUUCUCUCUUUCUCAUGUUUAUGUUGUGAUUAUGUUUCAAUCUGUAUCAUCAGGAAUAUACCAAAACAAUCUUGUCCAUGAUGAUGAUGAUAAUAAUGGUAAUCGUGGUUAACAGUCAAAGUGUGAUGAGAGUUAUAAAGCCUUUUUAGCAACAUCCAUUGGGCUUACCAUCCAAAGAAGUUAAAUUUUCUUUUCCUCUCUUUGGUCUUCUUUAUUUCCACCUUCUCCAAACAUUUAUAUAAAAAACUACUACACCUUUUUUUUGUCCCGUCAUUUUCCCAUUCUUAUACUCUAAACCAUUUCCGACAUUUCCAUCUCCACCAACUGGAUCUCCAACAAGACAACCAUUAACCAUCACCACAAGUCAUCGUCAUUAGUCACCAUUAGUCAGUGAAUUGAAUCUCUGUCCUCAGUGUUUCCAUCAACGAUCACCGCCAUGCCAUCACGAAAAUAUAUUUAUUUAGACGAAUAUGAUUCCCGAAUUGCUCUUUACUCGGAUGAAGCCUUCCAACAUGGGAUCACAUUUAAUGCAAAGUUUAUUGGUGUAUGUGAGGUUCCUCGGCCUAAUUCAAGAGUGGAAAUCGUAGCUGCCAUGAGACGAAUACGACAUGAAUUUAAAUCGAAAGCCAUUAAAAAGCGUAAAGUAACCAUUGAAAUUUCACUUGAAGGUGUCAAAGUUGGUCUUCGAGAAAAGGCCAAAGUUGCGACUCGAGUUACACUCAUGCACCAUCCAAUUUACAGAAUUUUUUACGUUUCUCAUGAUUCAUUGGACAUGAAGAUAUUUUCCUACAUUGCCAGGGAAUCCAAUGUUUUCAAAUGUUGUGUCUUUAAAACACCCAAAAAGUCUCAAGCAAUGAGGAUUGUCAGGACAAUCGGUCAAGCAUUUGAAGUUUGCCAUAAACUAAGCGUACCAUACAAUACAACUGGCUCAAUCCAAGACGAAUCAAGUCCAAAUCGUAACCAGAGAAGUGUGACAACAAAUCCUAUCGGCAAUAAACGAGCAACCGACAAUGAAAGCUUAGGAAGUCCGACAAACACUGAAUCCUCAUUGACACCCGUUAGUCCCAGUCAUCUGAAUAAUCGUCCAAACACACCGCCAACACCUACCUUUGGAAGCAUCCAAAAAUCGACUGAUGAGGGUUGCUUAGAUGAUCGAACUACAACCAACAAUAUAAUCAACAGCAGUACCAUUAAUAGUAUCAAUAGUCUAAGUGCUCACACAAACACAACCAGUAACAAUAUGAACAUCAAUGAGAGCAACAAUAAUGCGUCCAAUAAUGUACAUUACAAUUCAUCUAAUGGCAAUAACAACAAUAGUCACCAUCUAUGCCGAGAGUCUCUUGUCCAUAUAUCUGAUAAUCAGUACGAAAGUUUGGUGACUUCAUUGAAAUGUUUGGAGGAGAAAAUGUAUAAUCUAACUGAUCGUAUUUCAACGAUUGAAUUGAAUCAGGAAAAGUUGCUUGGAAUGGUUGGUAAACUUUGCGCUCUUCAGGAAGAAGAUAAACUGAAUUGCAAGGAUAAACAGGUCAAUUCCAGUACAACCAAUUGUAAUGUGAAAAACAGCAACAGCUCAAACAAUUUGAUUCAACCUUCAUUUCAAACCAUAAAACCUACCUCUUUACCAGUGACCAAUGGAAAAUUGAAUUUCCCUUCUGUCAUUAACAAUAAAUCAGUCAACAAUUUAAUAAACGGUCCGUCAACAUUAACAGUAAAUCCAGUGACCACAGUUACAACCAAUGCAACCUCCAAUGGAACAACCAUUCAAAGUCCUUCUCUCAAUGAGAGUCUAUUUUUCAAAUCUGAUUCCCUGUUUUUCGAUUCUGAACCAUUAAGAGAUUCUCUAUUCUCUUUAAACGAUGACAUUUUCUCAACCAAUCAAUGAUUAUGAUUAUCGAGAAAGGAUCAAAUCGAACCAGUAAAUAAGAUGAAAACAAUUAGCACUCUUGGUUGUAAAAAGAAGACAAUUUUACACACAAAGUCACACUUGACGAAUCUAGAGCAACAAGAAAUAUUCCCAAUGGAAAAUAUUGAGACGAAAAUUAGGAACCAAAUUUGACAUGAAAUUUGAAGAUGACACUUGGAAACGUUGAUAGAUUGGACAAUUUAACGACCCAAACGACUCAACCAUUUGACUUGAUUUUUCCUGUUUGACAUUUCUUGUCUUUCCAACUUCAUGGUUAAAUCAAUUGAAAGUUGCAAUCCAUAUCUAAAUAAUUGUUAUUAUUUAGCCAUAAAUCAUUUUGAAGUGUGCCUUUGCGAUAAUCAUAAUCAUUGUUUCCUUUCGGAUUCUCUGGUUAAUUUCAAUAAUUAACAUCUUUGUUAUUAAAGUAAGCAGGAUGGUUCAAGAAAAUGUAAUUGGAACAAAUACAAUCUUCAUUAAAUCUUGGUUCACCCAAUUUUAAGUCAAAGAGUUGUAAACAGAUUUUCAAAGAUACGCAAAGUAAACAAUGGAUCAUUACCUUGACCGGAUUGUAUGAUUUUAUAUUUAAAAAUGUUGAUUAAGGAGAUUAAAUUUUGGCAAGUUGAACAUUGUUUGUACCAUUCCAGCUCAUUACAUUUUACACUAAAGCCAAGUCUGUGAAAAAUACUUGAUUUUCAAGAUAAUUGUUCAUUUCCAUCUUGAUCAUUCAGUCAUCUUUAUUUUCAUCAUGUUAUUUGCUCCAUUGUGAUUCAUCAUUACUUUGACUGUAAACAACUGUUAAUUCAACUUGCCAAAGAUUGUUCAAUCGUAAAAGAUAUUCUUAGUACAUUGAAUAUUGAAAGUAACCCAAAAGAGUACAAUUCAUCUAUGCUUCCAAAUCGACUGGAUAAAUCAUCAUUGGAUUAACUUUUUAAACAAUAACUUUGCUGGUUUUAUGGGUUUACCUGGCAAUUUGGAAAGGUCCAAUGAAUUGAGAAACAUUUUGGCAAUGUUUAUGAUGUCUGUCUGACUUCACCCAAUCUCUAUCUUCACACCACCAUCAUUUCUUAAUAUUUAUUUCAUCAUUUCCAAUGUUGAUUCUCUUCUUUUUCCGGCCUAAUCGUUAUGAUUAAUCACUCAUUGCUGGACACAAAAUGGUUAAAAUUAGUUAAAAAAGUUGUACAACAGUUCACACUUUGAAUGCAAAAACAAUGGAAUCUAAUUUUGCAAAGCAAUCCAACAUUGGUACUUCUCUCAUCUACACUGGCAAACGAAUACAUCAGUCAUGACUUAAUUUAAUGUCUCAUUGAUUAUAUAUCAUUGAUUAUUUAUGUGUAUAUCUAAUUAUUUUAUUUAUUAAAAAU